AUGAAGUUUCAGUUACUACAACACACUCGUAUUCGAUCAAAAACGCUAUCAGCAGAUUCAUCGUCUGCAGACCCAAGCACCAAACAAUCUCCGACAACUAUACUCUGGACAAUAUUCCAUUGCUUAUGUUGUCUGAUAUCUCUGAUUCUCGGAUUCCGAUUCUCACGUUUACUUGUCUUUCUGCUUUUCACAACUUCAUCAACUUACACCACACCCUUCGCUGUCGACAUAGCACAGACCUUAACCUUCACAACUUCUAUAAAAAACAACAUUUCGUCCCAGACGACAGCAACUAGUAGUAGAGUCGUUGUGGGGCGACAUGGGAUCCGAAUAAGGCCGUGGCCACACCCGAACCCGGAUGAAGUAAUGAAAGCACAUAAGAUCAUACAAAGUGUUCAGAAUGAACAAAGGGUUCAAUAUGGGGUCAAAAACGCUAGAAGUUUGAUCGUUGUGACCCCGACUUACGUUAGAACGUUUCAAGCGUUUCAUUUGACCGGGUUGAUGCAUACAUUGAUGAACUUGCAAUAUAAUGUUGUGUGGAUUGUUGUGGAAGCUGGUGGGGUUACUAACGAGACUGCUGCGUUGCUUGCGAAAAUGGAGAAAGGUCGGGUUUUGCAUAUUGGAUUUGAGAAGAAGAUGCCGGAUUUUUGGGGUGCUAGGCAUAAGAUGGAAUCCGUAAUGCGAUUGGAGGCUUUGAGAGUUGUACGAGAAGAGAAACUCGAUGGGAUCGUGAUGUUUGCUGAUGAUAGUAAUAUGCAUAGUUUAGAGCUGUUUGACGAGAUACAAAAAGUGGAAUGGAUUGGUGCUGUUUCUGUUGGGAUUCUUGUUCAGUCCAGUCAUUCUGAAGAGGACACAUUUGAUAGUCCGAAGAAUUUGGAUAAAAUAGAUAAGAACUCGACAAUAGUUCCUGUCCAAGGUCCGGCUUGUAACUCAUCUGAUAAGUUAGUCGGGUGGCACACGUUUAAUUCUCUUUUGUAUAGACAAAAGAGGGCGAAUUACAUUGGUGAUAUGGCAGUCGUCUUGCCUAGGAAGCUGGAAUGGUGUGGGUUUGUGAUGAAUGCAAGGUUGGUUUGGGAAGAAUCAGAGUUUAGGCCAGAGUGGAUUAGGGAUUUGGAAAUGGUGGUGGCUGGUGGUGAGGAGGAUGAAAUUGAGAAUCCUUUGUCAUUUCUUGAAGAUGCUUCCAUGGUGGAGCCAUUAGGUGGUUGUGGGAAGAAAGUGAUGAUGUGGUGGAGCCGUGCUGAGGCUCGUGCUGAUAGCAAGUUUCCUGCCGGAUGGACUAUUGAUCCUCCAUUAGAGGUGACAGUGCCAGCAAAGCAAACACCAUGGCCUGAUGUACCCCUUGAACUUGCAUCUAAGAUCUCAACAAAAACUAGAUUACUAGGAUCAAGACACAGCUUACGAGAAAACAGAAAAGAAGAAGCAAAAAACACGGAUGAGCGUGUCGUGAUUAGGAGUUCAGGAGAAAGAAAUGAGAAGUAAAGAUUAUUUAGAAGAGCUGUUGAGUUAUACUUAUUGAUUGAAUACAGAUGUCCCAACAACCAUAUUUCAAGAUCCAGUUUCUCUUAUAUCCUCUCCUUCCUUUUUUUUUUGUUAAAAUUUCCAUUCGAUUCGAUUCAGUUGGUUGUUGGAACUUAAAAGAGAUUAUGUUUAUAGAUCCAUUUGGGAAAAGCUCAAUUCAUUGUAGCUAAUUGCCUUACAUAAUACAAAUGAUUUUGGCAUGGUUUUUG